GCAUAAAACCUUCGGCUCAAGCUGCCUCACUCAACUGGCGGGGGUUUCUCCUUUACUCCCUCAGUGCCAGUUCUUCCACAACCUCAGGAAAUCAUCAACCCUACAUGUAAAUUUCACGGCUCCAUCUGAAGCUCCGGCGAAUUAGCCAUCCCUACGAAGUUUGAAGGCCAACUGGGUUUGGGGUCUCCUGUAAAAUUCCACUGGAUCUCAAAUGUGGGACAGUGAAACAUCUAAUGUAAAUCAUCUUAAUCAAAACCAGAGACUCCAUGUGCUGGAGGAGCAGGGAUUCGAUGGGAAGGAUGCUGCGUUCUAUGUGGAUAAGGAAUAUAAUGAGAGAAUGGAGGAGUUUCAGAGGCAGCUUGACGUGGUACAGAAGAUGGUGAAGCCGGGGUGCUCAGUUGAGGUACUGAACGUGGCCUUGGCUUCGAUAGCCUCCCUUGUUGACGUCCUUGACUUCUUUUCCUCUGAGUCAAACCUUCGGUCUUCACUUUAGUCACUGCCAGAAAGAAAUUAAUGGCCGGGGGUAGUCCUUGUAUUUUACAAAUUUCGGUUGAGAUGUCAAAACUCAGGAAGUCAGCCGGAAAUGUCAAAAUUGUUGUAUGCAUAGGAACGUAAUGUGGUAGCAUUUGAUACGUAUAUCGGAUUCAUGAAGAUGUAUAACAGUAUAUCAUGGAUUCGUGAAGAUGUAUAUCAUUGUGUUUGGGACGUAAUCAACUUGGCAAAAGUUUGCAGGUGGAUUUUAGUGUAUAAGUGUAUGCACAA